AUGGACAUUUAUAAACCAUCGCAUGUUUAUUACAAGAUAAACGAAGAUUAUGUUAAGAAUGUGAAAAGUGCGGUUCCGGGUCAAGUUGAUGUUAGUAACACGAAUCCUUUGCGGUCAGUAGCCGAAGGGAGAGGCUUGAAAGAAGGGGAAGCUGGAAUAGAAUCAUAUUUUACAAUCUUGACAAACGACUCAGAUGGGAAACGGUGUUAUUAUGAAAUCGACCAGAUAACAGUAAAAGUUCGAACUCCAUCCGGAGAGAAUCUGGAGAACAAGGCUAAAGACUUCGGAAAUGGUAAAUAUAGUGUCGCCUAUACUCCUAAUUGUCAUGGACAUCAUGAAGUGAUGAUCUUAGUUAAUGAUCAACCGCUGCCUGGUAGUGCCUGGGGUGUUCAGGUUCGUCCACAUCGGUACGAUUUGCUACAUUUUUGGGGAGGACGUGGGAAAGCUCAUGGAAAAUUUAAAGAACCUUGUGAUGUUGCAAUAAGCAAGAAGACAAGGGAAGUUGCAGUGGUUGAUCAAAAGAACAAAAGAGUACAACUUUUUGACUCAGGUUUAGACUAUUUAACGGCGUUUGGUCAGAAAGGCCCAGCUAAAAAACUAAGGCCCCCCACUUCAGUUGCAUUCACCAAUACCGGUAAACUCAUUGUCAUUGCUUCGAGCGCUAUGUAUUGCUUCAACGAAAAUGGUCAGUUUCUCAACAGUAUCACCAACAAACACGUUAAAGAUCCAUUCCAAUUGACUAUUACCUGUGAUGACCUCAUGGUGGUGUCUGACCGGGGUGAUAACUCAGUCAAAGUCCUCUCCCCUGAGGGUACAGAGUUGGUACAGUCCUUUAGUGCUUCAGACUGUGAUGAGUCCCCUUGGAUUGCUGUCUGUCAUCAGAACGUGUUCUUUGUCUCUUAUCCCUUGACUCAUGUUGUCAAAGUGUUUAGUAAAGGAGGCGAAUUUCUUUAUGAUAUUGGCAGUGAGAAGUCUGGUGACGGACACUUGAGUAAGCCUCUUGGACUUGCCAUUGACAAGUUUAACAAUCUUGUAGUGUGUGACGGGAAUGACAGCGACCUGAAAGUUUUUACACUGGAUGGAAAAUUUUUAAACAGGAUAAUUCCACUUUUUACUUCCCUCCAGUACCCUUGCUCUGUUACGUUAUCAAGUUCUGGGAACUCGCUGUUUGUUGCUGAUAGCGCCAAAGAUUGUGUUUUUAUAUUUCGGUAAUUUGAAAAUAUCAAGCAUUUUUAUAUUACAUUUUUCGUUUUUGUUUCGUUAGAGGACCCUCAAUAGUGUUGCCAAACAAAAUCAGAAUCAUUUCUGUUUAGCCUUGCUACCCGGCUAUCAAGUUAUUACCAAGUCCCGAGCAGCCUCACUGGGAGCUGUGAACAUCAUAUGACAAUAACAUUGCAGUAGCUUAAACAUAGAUGUUUGCAUAGCUUAAUUUGGGGAUGUAAUGAAUAGAAAAGAAAUGCAUUUAAAAACGA